AUGGCGCCUGGUACCACAUCACACGCGAACAAUGUGGAGGUAUCUUCCCCGUCUCAGCGCCGAUUCAGCGCGGUUGAGCCUCUAGACCGACUCCAGGCCACUGUCCCUGCGGUCCCACCCCAAACUGCAGACCUCGAUAUUCGCUCGAUCCCUACCACCUCCGUCGAACGUUGUCAGGCUUCAAAUAUCGAUGCGUCCCCAGAUCAAGAUGUCUCGCUUCCUGAAAAAAUUGCAGUGCAGGAGGACAGUGGCAAGGGUCUGCCGCAGAGAUACGCAGAAGAGACAGUUUUGUAUUUAGCAUACGGGUCAAAUCUGGCUGCAAAGACAUUUCUCGGCAUGCGUGGAAUCAAACCAAUUUCGAAAAUCGCUGUUCUCGUGCCGGAUCUGCGCCUGACAUUCGACCUUCCCGGACUUCCCUACAUUGAACCCUGCUUCGCAGGUACCAUGUUCAGGGAUCCCGACGUGGCAUCUGAUUCAGGCUCGGAGGAGUCUGAGAUUGACGUUGUGGAUGACGAGACGCUCCUCACAGAAAGCGAGUUUCUAUCUGAGAAGGCGUCGCUCCUGACUCGAACAAAGGAAAUUCGUGACACUACUUUCCAUGAGCGGCAUUGGCAUAAGCCUCUCAUCGGUGUUGUCUACGAGGUCACAUUGCUGGACUAUGCCAAGAUCAUUGCGACAGAGGGCGGCGGCCGUGGGUACAGGGAUGUAGUCGUUGACUGCUAUCCCUUCUCAGAAGACUACAAUUCCUCCAACCCAGUCCCAAACCACCCUUCUACCCAGCCCUUCAAGACACAUACCCUUCUCUCACCGGCAGCUGAUGACGCCCGGAAGAGAAUACACGCUGCUAGGACACCUGAGUCAUCUGCGCCAUCUAGGUCUUGUCAGGCGUCUUCGAUAUUUGGAGAUAUCCAGCCACACAUGCGCCCGGAUCCAGAGUACGCGCAGCCUUCUGCGCGGUACCUCGGCUUGCUUAUUGCAGGUAGCGAGGAGCACGAUCUCCCCGUAUCAUAUCGGGCAUACUUGUCGAAUAUCCAUUCCUAUCAUACCACUACUUUUCGACAGAAGAUCGGGAAGUUUGUCUUUGUUGCUAUGUGGGGGCCAUCUUUACUCCUGACACUACAGCUGUCCAAGCGUUUUGCUGGCCCUGAUGGACGUAGCCCGCUGUGGCUGGCUGGGGUGGCUAAUCUGCUAUUCGCGGGGAUGUGGAAUAGCUAUGAUUUUGUCUUCAGACGGGCGUUUGGGGAUGGUGAGAGGACUAUCGGUGAUACCCCUUCCUCGUGA